AGGAGCGGUGCCCGCGGCGGCUGCGGCCACGGCUGCGACUGGCUCGGGAGCCGCGCGUGAGGUAGCCGGCUCCCCGCCGCGAUUGGCCGGCCGCGGCGCCCGCUCCCACAAUGCAGUGCAUGGCGCGUCAUUGAAGAGAGACCAUGAUGGCGGCGGCGCUGGGGCCCCCAGAAGUGAUCGCUCAGCUGGAGAACGCGGCCAAAGUUCUGAUGGCACCACCUUCUAUGGUCAAUAAUGAACAACGCCAGCAUGCAGAACAUAUAUUCUUAUCAUUUAGGAAAUCAAAAUCACCUUUUGCUGUUUGCAAGCAUAUCCUGGAAACUAGUAAAGUGGACUAUGUCCUUUUUCAAGCUGCCACAGCGAUAAUGGAAGCAGUUGUUCGAGAAUGGAUUCUUUUGGAAAAAGGUAGCAUCGAGUCACUGCGAACAUUCCUUUUAUCCUAUGUCUUACAAAGGCCUAACCUACAAAAGUAUGUUCGGGAGCAGAUUCUGUUAGCAGUAGCAGUAAUAGUAAAACGAGGAUCAUUAGAUAAAUCAAUUGACUGCAAAAGCAUUUUCCAUGAAGUCAGUCAGUUGAUAAGCAGUGGCAAUCCCACAGUGCAAACUCUGGCAUGUUCCAUUCUAACAGCACUGUUGAGUGAAUUCUCAAGUUCGAGUAAAACAAGCAACAUUGGACUAAGCAUGGAAUUUCAUGGUAACUGCAAAAGAAUUUUUCAGGAAGAAGACCUUCGACAUUUCAUGUUAACUGUUGAAGUGCUGCAGGAGUUUAGCCGACGGGAAAAUCUAAAUGCUCAGAUGUCUUCAGUGUUUCAGCGUUAUCUUGCACUAGCAAAUCAGGUCUUAAGUUGGAACUUUCUUCCACCAAAUUUGGGUAGACAUUAUAUAGCUAUGUUUGAAUCCUCACAAAAUGUGAUGCUAAAGCCAACAGAGUCCUGGCGUGAGACCCUCUUGGACAGCAGAGUUAUGGAUCUUUUCUUUACAGUACAUCGUAAAAUUAGAGAAGAUUCAGAUAUGGCACAAGAUUCACUCCAGUGCCUAGCCCAGUUAGCCUCUCUUCAUGGACCCAUCUUUCCCGAUGAAGGUUCACAAGUGGAUUACCUGGCACAUUUCAUUGAGGGUUUACUGAAUACCAUCAAUGGGAUUGAAAUAGAAGACUCUGAAGCAGUGGGGAUCUCCAGCAUUAUCAGCAAUUUGAUAACUGUGUUCCCUCGAAAUGUUUUAACUGCCAUUCCAAAUGAACUCUUUUCUUCCUUUGUUAACUGCCUCACACAUCUCACUUGUUCUUUUGGGCGAAGUGCUGCUCUGGAAGAAGUGCUUGAUAAAGAUGACAUGGUGUACAUGGAAGCAUAUGAUAAAUUACUGGAGUCCUGGCUGACUUUGGUGCAAGAUGACAAACAUUUCCAUAAAGGCUUCUUUACCCAGCAUGCAGUUCAGGUCUUUAAUUCCUACAUUCAAUGCCACCUAGCUGCUCCAGAUGGUACAAGGAAUUUGACUGCCAAUGGUGUAGCCUCACGUGAGGAAGAAGAAAUAAGUGAACUUCAGGAAGAUGACCGAGACCAGUUCUCUGACCAACUAGCCAGUGUAGGAAUGCUAGGAAGAAUUGCUGCAGAACACUGUAUACCUCUUCUUACAAGUUUAUUAGAAGAUAGAGUGACAAGGCUCCAUGGUCAGUUACAGAGACAUCAGCAGCAGCUACUUGCCUCACCUGGUUCAGGUGCCAUUGACAACAAAGUGCUUGAUGAUCUUUAUGAAGAUAUUCACUGGCUUAUUUUAGUUACAGGCUACCUCUUAGCUGAUGAUACUCAGGGAGAGACUCCGUUAAUACCUCCAGAAGUAAUGGAAUAUUCCAUUAAGCAAUCAACUGAAGUUGACAUUAAUACAACACUUCAGAUCUUGGGAUCUCCAGGAGAGAAGGCUUCUUCCAUCCCAGGGUGCAACAGAACAGAUUCUGUAAUUAGGUUAUUAUCUGCCAUACUGAGGGUUUCAGAAGUUGAAUCUCGAGCAAUAAGAGCAAAUCUAACACAUCUACUUAGUCCACAAAUGGGAAAAGAUAUUGUUUGGUUCCUAAAACGAUGGGCAAAAACCUAUCUUUUGGUGGAUGAAAAACUAUAUGAUCAGAUAAGCCUGCCAUUCAGUACAGCAUUUGGAGCAGAUACAGAGGGUUCUCAGUGGAUUGUUGGCUACCUCUUAGAAAAAGUCAUCAGUAACCUUGCAGUAUGGAGUAGUGAGCAGGAUCUUGCAAAUGAUACUGUACAAUUGCUGGUUACUUUGGUGGAAAGAAGAGAAAGGGCAAACUUAGUAAUUAAAUGUGAAAAUUGGUGGAAUUUAGCUAAACAGUUUGCGAGAAGAAGCCCACCUCUUCACCUCUUGUCAAGUUCUGUGCAGAGAACAUUGAUGAAGGCUCUAGUUUUAGGAGGUUUUGCUCAUAUGGACACUGAUACAAAACAGCAGUACUGGACAGAGGUUCUACAGCCACUUCAGCAAAGAUUCUUGAAUGUGAUAAAUCAAGAAAAUUUUCAGCAAAUAUGUCAAGAAGAAGAGGUCAAACAGGAAAUAACUGCCACAUUAGAGGCACUCUGUGGCAUUGCUGAGGCGACUCAGAUUGACAAUGUAGCAAUCCUCUUUAAUUUCCUAAUGGACUUCCUUACUAAUUGCAUUGGACUGAUGGAAGUUUACAAAAACACCCCAGAGACUGUUAAUCUCAUAAUAGAAGUUUUUGUUGAAGUUGCACAUAAACAGAUUUGCUAUCUGGGAGAGUCCAAAGCUAUGAACUUGUAUGAGGCCUGCCUCACUCUGUUGCAAGUGUAUUCCAAGAACAAUCUAGGUCGGCAACGGAUAGAUGUUACAGCAGAAGAGGAACAAUAUCAAGAUCUCCUUCUCAUUAUGGAACUUCUUACUAACCUUCUGUCAAAAGAAUUCAUAGAUUUCAGUGAUACAGAUGAAGUAUUUAGAGGACAUGAGCCAGGACAAGCAGCAAACAGAUCAGUGUCAGCAGCAGAUGUUGUUUUAUAUGGAGUAAACCUAAUUUUGCCUUUGAUGUCCCAAGAUCUUUUAAAGUUUCCAACCCUUUGUAAUCAGUACUACAAGUUGAUUACAUUUAUCUGCGAGAUCUUUCCUGAGAAAAUUCCACAGCUUCCUGAAGACCUAUUUAAGAGCUUGAUGUACUCCCUAGAACUGGGAAUGACAUCAAUGAGUUCUGAGGUUUGCCAGCUUUGUCUGGAGGCCUUGACUCCAUUAGCUGAACAGUGUGCAAAAGCACAAGAAACAGAUUCACCACUCUUUCUAGCAACAAGGCACUUUCUUAAGCUGGUCUUUGACAUGCUAGUAUUGCAAAAGCAUAACACAGAGAUGACAACUGCAGCAGGCGAAGCAUUCUACACGUUAGUGUGUUUGCAUCAGGCUGAAUACUCAGAAUUGGUUGAAACUUUACUGUCAAGUCAGCAAGACCCAGUCAUUUACCAGAGAUUAGCAGAUGCCUUCAACAAGCUUACUGCAAGCAGCACUCCUCCCACGCUGGAUCGUAAACAGAAGAUGGCCUUCCUGAAGAGUUUAGAAGAAUUUAUGGCAAAUGUUGGUGGUCUCCUUUGUGUAAAAUAAACAACAAAACUAUAUGCUUAAUUUAGACCUUUUCUGCAAAAUGCACUGAAACGCUGAAAGUUGACUAAGUCUUGCUCCUGUUUCUGGGUUCUUUGGUCGUUUUGGAUUUUGAAGAGCCUGAAAGUUUGUUAUAUAAUUCAGUGACACAGGAGAGGUCAACUUUGAAUCAGCUUCUGCUACUAUGUGUUAGCCACAAUCUGUCGUGUGUGUUGUAGAGAAUGAAUGGCAAUUUGAAAUUUUCAGAAUGAAAUUCCAUAUAUGUGCAAACAGAUAUGGCACCAUGAAAUAUAUAUUCAGUGCCUUUUCCCCCCGUUUGUCUAAACAUAGAUGGCCAGAUAAAGGUUAGAAUUUUUGUUACUGAAAACAUUUUAGAUGAGUAUUCUGUAAACUCUAACAGGUUUUGCUGUUAUAAGCUUUAUUUUUUUCCUCUCUGAAGAUUGAGUUCAGGAUCUAGUGGGAAAAAAAACAAACAUCACCAAAUGUUGGGCUUAUUUUUUAACUUCUGUGUUUUAUUUGUUUUGUUUUUCUAUAUCAACCCAGUAUUACAGGUUUAUGUAAUACAGGUUUUUAUUUUUUCUGGUGCCUGAGAUUCAGGAGGAAAAAAGCUGUAUGUUUUGUUCCCUAAAAAAACUUUAGGAACUGUAGCCAUUUCAUUGCCUUAAUUUUAAAAAAGGAGUACAAAAAGAGCAGGCGUUUUGAUAAAAAUGCAGGUUUUGAUGCUUCAACAAUUGGUUUAGGUUGUUAGCUGCUGUCUCCCUAUUUCCCUUUUUGAUAGUAUGUAUUUCUGUAAACAUGAGUCAGUGAAAGGUUCAUGUGUAGUCUAUUUAAAGUUUGUUUUAAUCCAACUACAUUGCACACAGCUGUAACAAUCUACACUGAAUAGUUUGCUUAAGCAAUAACAUUCAAAGGGUGUAAAUUAUUGAUUUAUACAAACUAUAUCUUAAGUUGGGGCAUUAGGGGCAAUAAUUAUGCUAGACUGGGAUGUCAUACUCAUUUCAUCAGGAGCCACAUAAAUUUGAUUUCAAAGUAAAAAAUACACUGUUAGAUGCUCUACUAUUUCCCACUUAUAUCUCCACAGUCAGGGACUUGCUUUCCAGUGCUGCCAUGCUCUCUGUAGUUCUGUAUGCCAGCUUAAAUGAUGAAAAUGACCAUGUUUUAACAACCACAAGCGUACUGAACACAUUCUGAUCUACAACCAGAAUAUAGCAAAUGUGAGGAUAGACUGUACAGUGCUGUGCUGUGAGCACAAUCAUAGGUUUUGGUAGGGAGGGGUGAAUUUGUCCUUUCACUAUGUUCUUGACACUUACAUGCUGUGGAAUAUUUUGGGUAUAACAUAUCCACUUUUUACUCAGUUGUGUGUAGCAUCACAUUUGUAACUCUAUGCCAUCUUCAUCAGUUCAUCUCAAGACAGUUACAGUCGACUAAUCUCUAGCAUCUAAAGUCUGUCCAACCCAUACAUGUGACAUUACGUAUGAAUUCAAGGGCAAAGUGCCGUCACUCUUUUGGGAUACCUUUCUCUUAAUUUAAUCCAUUAUUAAAUAAAAGCUGGGCUGGAUCAAACCUAUCUUAAAGACUGUUAACAUAAAUCUUUUUUAGAAAAAAUAUUCAAUUGAUAUGGCAUCUUUCCAUAUCUUAAGAUAUUUUCAGUAAGACUUAUUAAAAUGUGAAGCUAUUUUUAGAUUUCCUAAAGUCCCAUUUUCAUCCUUCAGAAUGUUAAAUUGUUGUACAUCAGAAUCCACCUUAUUUUGCAUUGGUUUUCCAUUUUUAUUUUAAUUAAUGAACUCAGUUUUCCCCCUUCUUGGGCGCAAUAGAGAUGUGUGUACGUCCAUCCCUUUGCAAAGGGUACUACAACAUAGGCUGUUGCUUUAAUAGUUUGGCCGGCAGGGACAGGAAUGAAAAUCAAGUUGGAAAAAAAGAAUUAACAGUAAUUUGAGUGAGAAACAUUUUAAUGAAUAAAUGGCAUUCACACUUAAUAAACUGCCUACCAAGAUUGUAAUAUCUUUACCAGAUAUGCCAAGGCUAUUAAUAUUUGUGCAAUUUUGUGGGCAGAUUUUGAAUAAAGUAAUAUUUGCUUCAUAUUGGACCAAAUCAAACUUCAGAGAAUUAAAAUGUAAUAAUGUCAGAUUGGGGGAAAAAAGUAGCAAGUGAGGAUGCUAAUUAACACACUAGAACAGCUAAACUUUGUUCAAAGCUAUGUUUGUUUUGUGAGUGGGUUUUGUGUGUGUGUGUGUAUUUGUAUGUAUGCAUGGUUUGAAUUCUUGCCCAGUGGGUAUCAAGAACACUGUCUUAUUCCAAUAAGUUGACUUCCUGUUGUAACUGACUACCUGUUAAAUUUUCAAGGAUUUUUUAAAAAACAAACAACUUUUUACCCCUUUAUAUAAAUAUGUUAAAGGGACACUGUCAGGUAUUUUAUCUGUAGACUCUGUGUGUGUGCGUGCGUGCGUGUGUGUGUGUAUGUGUCUCUCUGUGUAAAUUUCUACUCUUUAUAUAUCUUUCAACCUCAGCAUUUUCCUUUCAGCUUUAUCCUUUGUUUUUCAUUUCUUUUACUUCGCCUGUUUAUGUUUCCCAAGGCAAAAUCGGGUUGUCUUUUGUUAGCUUUUGUAUUUAUAUAGUACCAUAAAAAAUGGUGUCGUCAUAGUUCUAGCAAAAAAAAAGUUAAUUAUUGUGCUACUUCUGCUGAUUGGAUGGCUGCCUCUUCAAAUGUAUUUACUCGACAGUGUCCUUUUCAUUGCAAUUAUUUGGCUCUUCCUGCUAUCCCUAAAUCUUUUUUGGAUACAUGGCAUGUUAACAUCACUCCAUUGAGUUUCACCUGCUGUGAAUUGUGAUUUUUUUUUUUAAGAAAAAAGAUUUGCAGUUUUUCUUAGAAGUUGUUUAUACAAUUCAGUCUUGUUUAAUUGUAUACCAUGUGUCUGGAUUGUAUAGCAUUUCUCUAUUCAGAUGAGAUAUUUAUUAUUCUAAAAACAAUUCCUGCAUUUUCCCUUUUUUACAGCCAAGAAUCUGAGUGAUUCCCUCCCCUGUCCAAAAAUUUUUAAUAUUCCCAUCCACUGUACUUAGUUUUCUUAAUCCAUUAACCUAACUAAAUAUCAGUUUUUGUUUUUUCCCAUCUACAUUCUUAUCUCUGUUGCUACUUAUAUGAACUCAAGCGCCAAAAGGAAACCACUGUAAUAUUCAAGGAUUUUACAAUUGAGUUGAGUGUCAUCGUGGAACAAAGAACCUGUCAAUUGAACAUUUUUUAAAGUUUUCUUCAUUUAGAAAAUUAUUGAUGAUCCUUUUGCAGCUCUCAUCACUAAAAGUAGUUGUAUCAUCAGGUCUUCUUAGCUAUUUCUAUUACAGUUACUUAGAGAAUGUGGGAGAAUGAGGUUUUUUUGGUUCAGAAGUAACCUUAGUACUUAUUCUCAUAUCCUACUAAAUCAGAGAAUAAAGAAUUUGGUCCUGAGGUGUUUUUUGUUUUGUUUUGUUUUUUGGUUUGGUUUGGUUUGGUUUUUUGCCUUAAUAAGUUACAAAAUUGUGAAAAAAACCACUUAGCUACAUAAGAAUAUGAUAAUGUUUGAAAUUAUUUUUAAAUUGGAGAUGUGUGGAUAUUCUAUGAUUUGGCUCAAAUCCUUUUCUAAAAGGACUAACUAACCAUUUUCUCAACAAAAAAAAAUUUUUUAAUGUGUUUGGAAUUUUAAAUUGGACCUGCUCUUUAAAACUUGAUAUGAAUAACAUGUUUAAAGCUAAACGCAUCUUGGCUAUUUAAGAAAUGUGAAAGGUGCCAGAUUAUAAUGGUAACUGAUGGGGCAUCUGUAAUGAUAGAAUAUUGUGGCCCAGGCACUGGUGUAAACUUUUCAUUCACUCUGUUCUAAUAAUGUAAAUCAAGCCUCUUUUGGAGAGGAGGGACAUGAGGUAAUAAGAAAUGUUUUUGGCCUCUGGGUCUGUUUAUUUCUGGAUUCUUUUCUAAAGAUUAUAGCAAAGUGACUUUGGUGGUGGUUCUUUUAUAGAGGUUAGGAGAGUGUGGUAUGCACAUUAAUCUCCUAGGACUGACACCACAACUCAUUUUGUUCUUGAACAGUUAACAGCUGCUUAAACACAAGGUCUUUUGUGGUUUGUUAAUCAUCCAGUCAUCAGAGGCACUUACCCAUCCCUUUGUCCCUACCCUAACACCAUUCCUCAUUCCUGUCUGUAAAAUGAAGCUUUAGUUCUUUUCCCUAUCAGUCUUCAUUCCUAGCACCCUUAGCUGUUAGGAGCUGCUAAUUGCGUACUAAUAGCUAAUUUUCCUAGCCUACAAUUACCACAUCUGCACUAGAUACCUAUCAAGAGAGUCUGGCCCAACUGUGUUUUGAGUACAGACCUUCUGAUGUGCUGUACUACAUAAAAUUAUGACAAAUUAUAAAUUUUGGUAUUGUGAUUUGGUCUCUGUACAAAGAAAAGCUCAAUGCAGUGAAUUUGUGGUUUUAUGGUCACAAAAUGUUAGCACUGCUACCAAUACAGCACGUGUAAAUUUUUAAAAAUUUAUAAAUAUUAAAAUUUUAAACAUAUACAAAGACUUUUUCAAUUUUUUUAAAGAGACCCAGGGACAGAUAUACUGUUUAAAUAUUUACCUCUAUUGAGCAUAACUGAUGGUAUAAAAGUUGCAUUCAGUUUUUCAAAAGAUGCUGCAAUAAGACUUUAGGAAGCAAAUCAAGGCUAUGUAAUCGAGCUGGUUACAAGCUGAAUAUCAAACUGAUGAAAUUCUGUCUGUAUUUUUUUAAUCCAUAUAUGGGGGUUAAAAAUGUCUUUUUCACUAAAUAUUUUUAUUACAUUUUUGUUUUGACCAUGUGUGAUUUGUUUGUGUUCUUGGGUAUUUUCCAGGCUUUUAUGAAACUUGUUAAAUCAUGUUAGCUAUUUAACCAUUGUAGAAAGAUUAAAAGUGGAAGAAUUCAUUUCACAUUCACAAAAUAAUUUCAAACUGGACAUUAAUGAAUUGAUUUACAUCAAUAAGAUAAAAUACGCAUUUGCAUACCCCUUUGGGAGAACCUUUAGACCCCAUGUAAAAUAAAAUUCUGCCUUCUUCCCCCCUAUCCCCCCAAAAAUUUCGAUGAUAAACUAUGGUGGUUGUUCUUGAAAUAUUCAAAUACAAGAAUGUAGCCAGCUCCUGGUCUUAGAAACAUGAUUUAUUUUGGUCAAUUAAACUUAACUUCUUUUGUCAUAUUUGUGACAACAAGUUUAUAUUCACUUUGAGUUAAUGAUAACUUUUUGGGGGCUGCUUUGAAGUAUCCUGUUCAUAUAAUCUAGGCAUUCAGUAGGAAAAAAGGAGAAUUCUACAGUAUAUUCAGAUAAUUCAUGGGAAUCAGUAAUUCUGUGCAUCUUUCGCUGCCCAAGUUAAAAACAGAAUGUAUUACCCUGAAAAAGGUAUUUUCUAAGAGUAAAGAACAACAUGGUAUAAUGGGAAAAGUUUGAACUGAGUUAGUGAACCUGAGUUUUAAUUCAUUGUGUGUUAUCCAUGGGCCAGGCCUCAGCUUGCUUGUCUAUAAUAAUGAGAGGUUUGGAUUAGGUAACUUUUAAGGUCCCUUCCAGUUUUAACAUUCUAAAAUUCUCUUUGAGGGUCAGAAUUUGGGAUAGUUCAUAUUGAAAAAGAAAGUGAUUCUGUAAAAAUGUAUUGAGUACCUACUACUAUGUGCCAAGUAGUAUAGAUGUUACAUAAAUAAAGACAUUCUUGCCUUCUCUUG